ACGGUAUAUUGUGGAAACGUAUGGAGUCCGAAUUCAACUUAUAUACUUUUCCGUCCGACUCACAGUCAACCCACAACCGGACCCGCUUAUAACGUCCACCAUAUCUCAUGAUUACUGGUUAUUCUGUGGCCACUUUGGUGGUUUUCAUCAUAUCAAUUGGGUUCGUGAUAUACCCAGUCUCUAUACCCACCCCUCGACGAAUACCCCGUAUCCCAAUAAAUUUAACAACCGCCCCAAUCAUCGCAAUCGCGAUUCUAUGGGCGGCACAAUGUCUCGACCCAACAGUCAUUCGCGACGGCAUCGUUGGUACAGACGGUGUUAAACCCUACAACAUUCUCAUCCUCUUUUUCUCCCUUGCCUACAUGGCUAUCACCCUCGACAUCACCGGUAUCCUUCAGUCUGCAGCGUUCUGGGUUAGCAACAAGGGUGGCUCAAACGGCUGGAAACUCUAUACCUACUUCUACAUCAUGCUUACCUUGCUGUCCAUCCUGCUGGGAAAUGACCCGGUCAUCCUCUCUGGAACCGCGUUCCUGAUUUAUUAUACAAAAGUCGCCGAGCUCAAUCAUAUCUCAUGGCUCAUGUCCGAGUUUGCGGCAGCGAACACAGCGAGCAUGGUGUUGUUUGUCGGGAAUCCCACCAAUGUGGUGAUCUGCGAAGGUUUCAAUGUGAACAAUGCUGCUUUCACAGCGUACACAAUCCUCCCAUUUAUUGCAUGCAGCGUUUUCUGCUUCUUGGCUCUUGGCGGUCAAUACCACAGUAAAAAAUACGUCCCUCGCAAGUUGAACCACGCUGCUGACCUUGACGCCCGUUCGGUCCUUCUGGAUCCGAUCGGUGCCUGUGUCGGUAGUUUCAUGCUUGCCUCGGCUCUCAUCCUGUGCUUGGUUGUCAGCUUCUUCGGAAUUGACGUGUGGAAGAUCAGCUUGCCUUUUGCUGUGGCCAAAUUUAUCUACGAUAUUGCCUGGGAUCACUACCGCUUUGUUCGACAGCUGCCGAUGCUUGGGCGCGGGCAGAAAGGGCCGGAGGAAAAUGCAAUGCAGCUAGACGAUGUCAUGCUGCAAGACGCGCAGACAAUAUCAGAUAACAAGAGUCGGCAUCGCCAGUCCGCCCCACCACUACCCACGGCAGACAAGGUGAACUCUGAUCCCGAUUCCAAUCGCACCUUUAUCAACAGGUCCCCUCAACCUUUAUCCAAGACCUCUAUCGCCUCGUGGCGCUCCAAGGGCAUUGCGCUACACAAACGCCUGCAUGCCCACUUUCCUACCUUUUUCACCGCGCUCCCGAGGCUCCCUUUCGCCCUCGUUCCAUUUGCCUUCGCGCAGUUUAUCUUGAUUGAAGCCCUUUCGCACCAGGGUUGGAUAGACGUCUUUGCGACAUGGCUACUACGAGCCACUCACGGAGAUAUGUACCGCACCAUCUGGUUGAUCGGUGUUCUGGGAGUCAUCCUGUGCAAUGUCUCCGGGACAAACAUUGGUGCAACGAUUCUUCUCACCAAGGUCGUGAAUGCGGCAUCUCCUAUGUUAUCCGAUCAGACCUUCCGCGCAGCUGCUAUUGCCCUUGCUGUCGCGAGUAAUAUCGGUGCUGUAUCGUUCACCUUCAGCGCAAGCCUCGCAGGGCUUCUAUGGAGAGGCAUCCUCAAACAAAAGGGCAUCAUCGUAAGCCAGGCGACGUUUGCAUACUGGAAUGCGCUUCCGUUAGUGGUGAUGACGGUUGUCGGACUUUCAGUAGUCUGUGCAGAGAUGGCUGUUUUAUACUAGAAGUGUUUUCCGGAAGGACCAGACACUGUACAUUGUACAGCAAGCCCCUAAGUCCUACGACUGCGCUCCGCGUGGCAGGGGUAAGUGGGCACGCUGCACGCCACACAAAUGCUGUGAACAAGGACUUGCAACAGCAUUAUAAAUAGCCAGAUGAGCUAUCAGAAUACUCAAAUGUCUUGUGGUAUUUAUUUUCCUUACUCGGUAGUCGUCUUCUGAUGGCGUGCACGUUGACGCAUCGCUUUAUGUAUAUUUAUUACUCCGAAGUGCGCUACAGACAUUCGAAGGACACUGCUGGACAAUCGUAAUCUAUUAUUUAUCCAUUGACAUAAGGUACGUUGACGACACUAUCCAUGAUCGAUCCUUCCGGCGAAUCUUGGUCUACUGGGCCUGUAGUUAGGCCAUAUACGGUGGAGUG